AUGGGGAAAAAGGCACUCAUAAGCAAGCACAUAGUCCUUUGUAGCUUUUCCCAAUAUCACGCAAGCAAGCCAAUGUAUGGAAUUAUUCUUAUAGAAGGCGAAUUGAUUUAUGAUGUUAUAUUGGUUGAUGAAAACAUACCUCCUUACGCUUUAGCAGAAAAAUAUUCAGAGUGAAACCCAGUCAAUUACGAAGAUUUUUAUAUUUCUCCAGGAAUUAUUGAUCUUUGUGUAAGAAGAGAGUGGGACGAUUACUCAGCGAUGACCAAAGCUGCUGUUUCUGGUGGAACCUGCUUUUUAUUAGAAGAGCCUGGAUAUUAUAUCGACCAGCCACCCACCGGACAACUUUAUUGUGACGUCGGAAAAGUUGGAACUAUUGAGGUUUCCAAUAUUGAAAAUAUUCCAUCAUAUGCUGAAGAAGGCUGCUUUGCCGUUAAGGGUUAUUUAUUUCCACCCAGUUUAUCUAUGCAGUGCAUCCCUACAAACUUAGAAGGAAUAUUUAAAGAAAUUGCCAAAACUGGAAUGGUUUUACUAAUUGACCCUACAUUGCCAGAUCCAAGGAUGCUAUAUGUAGCAUCUCCACUGCGACUUGAAAGUAUUGAGAAAAGAAGAAAACCUGGAAGUGUAAGUACCCUUAAAAUUUUUGCCGGAGCCUUUCCAGAUGCUAUAGAAUCCGAAGAGGAAGACGAAGAAGAGGACAAGCCAGAAACUAUUAAUGUUCAAAAGCCUCAAGGAACAAUAAAAAGAGCGCUAUCAGCUGAAGAUAACAGACCUGAAGUUUCUUUCCAAGAAAGAAGGCCUUCUGAUACUUUUCAUAUAAAUGAAAUUUCGAAAUCUCCUACAAUUGAGCUGCCAAUCCCAGAAAUUUGUGAAGUAGAUGAAGAACAAAGUCCUCAGAAAAUUUUGAAACUAAAAUCACGAACAAUUUUUGACGAUUUAAAUGCAAGGAUUAAAGAGAGCUAUUUUAAUAUAGAAAACCUGAGUUUGGCUGAGCAGUCAACUUAUCAAUAUUCAAGCUCAGCACAAGUAGAAUCAUUAUCACCUGUAAAAAAACUAAGAAGUGAGUCAUUUUCUGGGAUCCUUAUAAAUAACAUUGACGACAGCGAUUCUAGCUAUCCUGCAUCUGAGCUCUCAAGUCCUAAGCCACAAUCUUUAUAUGAAAGAAGAAUUCGAGGCAAUAGACCUCCACCGCUAGCUACAAAAAUGGAACAAAAUCCCGUGAAGGAAUGCAUUUAUAUCAAUCAUUUAGCUAACUAUCCUGAACACUGGGAGCUUACAGGAGUUGAAAAAAUUAUUCAAAGCCUAAAAAAAGUGACUUGUCCGGUCCACGUUACAAAUCUUUCCUCCGCAGCUGCACUUAACCGAAUCCGUCAAGUAAAAGGAAGCUUCAAUUGCUUAACCUGCGAGAUUUCUGCGUCUAAAUUGAGCUUUACUCAUUCUGCAAUACGAGAUGGCGACACACGAUUUAAAGACUCUUCCCCAAUAAGAAACAAAUCGAAUUUUAUUUUAUUAUGAGACUUAUUAAAAAUGAAAGGAAUCGAUUCUAUAAGUUCUCAGCAUGCUUUUAUUAAAGCAGAAUAUAAGGCGCUUGAUUCUGGGAAUUUUCAAAAAGCAUUAAAUGGGAUCUGUGCUUUAGGAUUCACACUACAAGCUAUUUGAACGAUGCUUAAUGUCCCAGUAUCAACAACUACACAACUUGAUCAUUAUAUCGUAAGAAUGGCCAAAUGGCUUAGUUUACACCCAGCGAAAAUUUUAAAUAUCCACGAUUCGAGAGGAAGCAUUGAGAAAAAUAAAUAUGCAGAUUUAAUUAUAUGGGCACCUUAUGAAAGAUUUAAGGCGAAAGAAGAAAACCCGGAAUACGAAAAAGUGUCACCUUUUGUGGGGAUGGAGAUGCUAGGGAAAAUCCAUUAUGUGUACGUAAGAGGAAAAAUGGCAUAUGAUGAAGGUGAUUUUAAAGCAAGAGGAAAAAGAGUAGUGAGGCUUGAUAGAUAUGACUGUUUCACUCAGGCAGCUCUAAUAAACAUUUAAAUUAUUAUAGUAUCAAUUCAAAGGAAACAGUAUAA